UCAUCAAACCUUUUUUUUGUCUUUUAAGCAGGAUCAGCAGUGUUCUUUUAGUGAGACAUAGAUGAGGGAGCAAUGCCUCUGCUACUGAAGAUUGGGGCUGCAGCUUCACAGACCUUGAGAUCUACCACAAGACAGGUGCCUGUGAGAGACUUCUGUGGCCUGCCCCAUUUCGAGCUUAGACAGCCAAAAGGUAUAGGUAUUUUGACUGGAAUACGUACAAGCAAGAAAUGCCAACAACAAUGGUUUUGCACAGAGGCACACAUUCAUAAUAAAUUAGUGACAAAAACUGUUGUAGGAACAGCAUAUGUAACCCGCCAGCAUUUAUUACACAAUACAGGACAAGCCUUGAGACAAAACUUUUAUUGCACAAAAGCAGUAGUGAAUAAAAACAUUGAAGAAACAUCAAAAGCUAUUGGAAGUAAUCACAGUUAUAGCAGCAGUGAAGGAAUUACUACAGUGGAAGUGGAGGGAGUGGACGAAAGUAAAGCAGAAUUCCAAGCGCUGGUGGAGCUGGAGGUGGAGCUGUACCGACAGGAGGGCUUCAGUGUCCCAGACGUCAUCAAUGAGGAACAGUGGAAGGAACUCCUCACUAAGACCUCACGGAAAGGACGCAGAAAAUACCUUGUCUUCUUGUGGAAGAACCAGAUGAAGCGGGAAAACCUAAAAAAGAAGAAGGCGUUGAUGAGGCUCAAGCGUGAAGAAGAGGAGAGGCAGAAAGAAGAGAGGAAAGCAGAGACUGGGGAGGCAGAGGAGCAAGAUGACGGACACAUUCGCUAUGGUCUGUGGCUCAAUAGCAUCUUCCUCUAUGUCAGGGAUUCCACGAUCAACCAAUUUUACCACUCACGCCUUAUUUCUGCCAUGAUCCACGGCCAGCCACUCGUUUUGGACCUGGACUUUGAUGCCAUCAUGAGCAGUCGGGAAAGACAAAACUGUGCUUAUCAACUCCAGAUGCUCUUUGGGGAAAACCGAGUUCAUCCUGACCCAUACAACUUGAUCCUCUGCAAUGCUGGUCCAGAGUCAGACACUGUGCGUCGACUUUCGCGAUAUAUUCCUGUCAUAAAUAGUCCAGAGUUCCCCCUGACCAUCACUGGAGAGAGCUACAUGGACCGAUUUCCUAAGGACAAGCUGGUGUACUUGACCCCACACUGCCGUGAAGAGAUGACCACAUAUGACCAUGAUGCUGUGUACAUUGUGGGGGGUAUAGUAGACACAGGGGAGAAUGAGCCAGUGACUCUAGCCAAGGCCAAGAGGGAAGGCAUACGCAUGCAGAAACUGCCGCUUGACAGGUACCUGGAGUGGGGUAUUGGAGGCAAGUGCCUGACCCUCAACCAGAUAAUUAGCAUCUUGCUGGAUAUCAAGCAUACAGGUGACUGGCAUUAUGCUCUGCGACAUGUCCCACGCAGAAAAUUGCGGCCUGCUUUAAGUCAAGAGGAUAUGGAGGCUAUGUUGCGCAAGAGGAUGGGGUUAGAUAAAGGAAAAAGAAACCCUUACCGUACUGAUUAUGCACCACAUAUGAGGAAAAAAAGAUAUUAGAAAGAAGAAAAACUCCCAACAGUCAUGGAAUGAAGACGAGACUUGAAAGAGUAUUGGCAGAAAGCAAUAGCUGGCAGUAGCGCCAUAACUUCCCCCAUUGCUGCCAGAUAAUCACACUGUCUACUGUUGUUUUUCUUUGUGAAUUUUAUUUGCACACAGAUGGCCCCACAAGUGCUCAGAUGUCAAGGAGCCAAUUGGUAGGCCUGUAUGACCUCAAUGGAUUUUCCCUUUCCUUGAGUUUUUUUGAUGCUGUGAAUAUGGAUGUUGUUAUUGUUGUUGUUGACAUAUUCAUUAUUGUAAUAUUAAUAAUACUAAAAGCAAUGAACUUCAAAAUAUCAAGGAAAAAGGUGAAGAGCUGAGAUAGGUAGGACUAGCAAUUGACUCCUUAGUAAUUAAACACUUGAGGAGCCAUCUGAAUGUGGAGAUAAUAUUUAAACAAAAAGACACAGUGGGCAUGCUAUGUAUUCUUGUCAUCCCAGCAUCAUUGGAUCUAUGUGAUAUAGUAAUUGUUGAUAAAUUAUACUGACAUCAGGUGAUAUGAAAACGAUCUCGCUUAACUUAUGUGUAAAACAGUUACAACAGUUAUUCCAGCUGUUUAUAUUAUCACUGUCAUAUCUUUGUAGUAUACAUAAUGGUCAGUUACUGUAUGUGUAAAUAGUGCAUUUCUCUAUAAUGUUUUGUAAAUUGUGUACAAAGGCCUCUCCAUUUGUGUAAUUGGAGGAUAUACAAUAAAGAUUGGAAAAUGA